AUGACUCAGACGAUACCAUUCUCCCUUCCUUUCCUGCGCUCCCACUCGAUAUUCAUCCCCCCUUCCUCCUCUUCGACCUCCACAUCGCAAGAUGGCGAUUGGGAACUGGUCGACAAACCUACAGAUGAUCUUGUAGGGCAGAAGUAUGGGAGGAUGGUGAUGCGAGAUAAGGAUCUGCUGGUAGCCAUGGGAAAAGAGAUAAGGUUGAUGUCUCUAGCUGGAGGUGGGGAAGGCGGUUGGGAGGUCAAGGAUGGUGAAGUUGGAAGUUACAAGACAUUGAAGUCGCAAAAUCUGAACUUCACCAUACAUCAUCUUAUCCCCAAUCCCAAUGGGAGGCUAUUAGCUGUAGUGGGACAUCAUCAAGUCGUGGUUCUUGUAUUACCCAAGAACAGCUAUUCUAGCUCUUCUUCAGUAGAGGUCGAUUGCCGAGCCAUACCGGUUGACGAAUUUCAGUUCUCUCAUUCAUCAAACGAUGUUAUAACCAAAGUAGCUUGGCAUUCAUGGGGCGAAGGUGGAAAUUCCUUAUGGGUUUUGACAGCUGAUGCUAAACUUCGGGAAUACGAUAUAAAUCAACCUCACGACGCAGUCCAAACAUUCAACUUCCUUCCAUCAACUUCAGCAUCAUCCUCAUCCAAAUUUACCGCUAUCGACCCUUUAUCCCGCUACGCCACAUCUUUCGCCUUUUCCAUCGGCUCCAACGACUUCUCGCCAUUGAUGGUUUAUGUGUUGCUUGCGAAUGGAGAUAUAUACAGCAUGGGUCCAAUUCUCCCCUUACAUACUGAAAUGCCUAUACGGUAUUUACAAGGAUUGAAAGCGUACUCCGAAACGAAAUUAGCCAAGAUUCAAAAUGAGGCGAGAGAUGUGUUUGGAGCUGGUCAAGCAGGCUUGGGAAGAGCGACUUUUCAAGCUCAAUGGGUAGAAUCGUUAGUGAAACAAGUGAAAAUUGCCGAACAGCAGAGAAAAGAUGAAUCAAGCUAUGAAUCUCCAACAACGAGACGAACAAGUCUACUAAGUCGUUCAACCAGUGUACGAUCUAAUGACACUCCGACUAAAAGCAGACCUGCCGAAGGGACCGUCAGAGUUCAUCCGCCUCAUUUAACUGAAUCAGGUGGUCCAGCCCCAGGAGCGCACAGAGCUUUAUUGAGACAGGGUCCAUUGGUCUAUUCACCUGCACCGCAGGACAUAGGGAAUGGAGAUGAAGAUGAUGAACAAUCUGCAACAGACCUGUACAUCAGCCAAAUACAGUCAUCGGGAGAAGAUGAAGAAGAAGGUGGAAGUGAUGAAACGAUCAUUGCCAUUGCUUGGUCUGGAGGGAGAGUGGAUAUAGGUUUAGAAGUUGAAAAACCCGAACCACGAUGGUUUAGCUCAAGGGAUCCAUCCACAUCGACACCUGUAUUACCUGUGAUCGAAUCUAUCCUGCUACCAUUCCCUCAAUCAGACAUCGAUAGUCUCGAUAGCAAUGCGCCGACUUUCAUUCCUGAUCCGCUGUACUGCGAUGUGGUCUAUGUCCAGCAUAGUUUUGGUGUGGAUUCAAUCAAUAUCAGACCAUGGCUAGAAGCAUUGAGGAGGGAUGACUCAGAUGAGGAAUUACCGGGAAGUAAGGUGGCCAGGCAUGUUGAGACAGCAGGAUCCCCUGUGAAACCGAUAAUUGGAAUGAUCAGUUUCUGCAACAUCACCCUGGGAUACGGCUUGCUGGCAUUAGCUUCCUCAGGUCAAGCAGCCUUCGUCGAACUAGACUUGCGCGUGACGGAUUCAUCAAGUAUCAUACCUCCACCUACAGAUCAUUCUGAGAAACAACAACAAUCGGAUGGACCAGACUCACAAUCCUUGUUAUUGGUUAAACCAUUGGAUUUCGAUAAAUUGAUAAAUUCCAUACGUACCUCCAACACACCAUAUAAUCCAUCUCAACUCCUUAGACAGAGGAUACCAGAUUCCUCCAAACCUACUACGAACAUUACACCAGACCAUCUCAAGGUAUUAGGUGAGAUUUCAACGCAGGUCAGACAACGUACUCAAUCGAUCAGAAGUGGAUCGCAAAACAUCGAAAACCGCUUAGAUCUGCAGGUAAAGGAAUUGCAAAGACAAAUCAAGCUUCUCAAAGACUCUCAGGCGAAGAUAUCGAGUCUGAAGAAAAACACGUCGAUAUCUCGAGCGGAAGAAUUGUUGGCGAAGCAGGAACAGUUGGGUAACAAGUUGGAUGGACUGGUCGGAAGGUUGACAGAGGAGUUCAAACCUGAAUUAGGAGAACAGGAGAAGAAGUGGUUUGAGGAAUUAGAAAGGUUGAAGGUUAGAGUCAGAGGAGGCGGUGGUGUGGUCAGCAAAGGGAAAUCACUGAAUACGAAGGCUCAAAUCCUGAAAGAACAAUUAUCAGCUAUCAAGCCUUUGCUGGCUGAAUUGCAAAUACAUCAGAAAGAAGACCCACUGUCGCAGCAGCAGCACAUUCAGCAUUACGGUAGUAAGCAGCUUAAACCUCUAGAAGCUGCUUUAAGCGCGAGAUCUGAAGAGCUUAGACGAUUGAUUAGGAGGAUGGAAAUGUUGGAUACGAGGGUUGAAUCGUACAACGGAGCGGAAGACGACUGA